GGAGUGGGAUGCGCAUCGCUGUGAGUGCGCUGCUGCUCCUCUCGGAAUGAGCUGCGCUUCACAUUCGCUAAAAGCUGCCGCGGAGAAGACUCUUCCCUUUAUGACCAGGCUAAAAAUAGUUGAAGUGUCUUCUUUUUUGUGAGGGUUUAUUCUCUUCAAAAUAAGGGUGAUGCGCAGAAGUGCUGAUGCUGAGUUUAGUAGUGAGCGUUCUCCGGGGCGGUGCUGAUGCUGCUCCCGCUGCUGAUCCUGCAGCUGACUCCGGCUUCUGGGAGUGACAUCAAAGUUUUUCAUGGUUAUUUUACGCGCUUGAAAUAUCCCAGCUGAGGCUCCGACUCCGCGCGCGUUCAGUCGGCCCUCUUCUUGAGGAGAAUCUGCGCUCGGUCCAAUGACCCGAGGUUUGCUUCAAUUGAUAAACUGACGCGGAGGCUGCAGACCCUCAGAGGGAACUGGCAUCACUACAGUGUGGAGAUGAACUUGGGAAAUUUCCCUCUUGCAUUCGCCACUUUCAUCGCCAUUGCUUCAGCAUCCCGAGCACGGUUUGAAGAUAGCUUCCCUCGGAUUGUGGAGGACCCCUCAGAUCUGAUCGUCUCCAAGGGGGAGCCAGCCACCCUCAACUGCAAGGCAGAGGGCCGACCCACUCCCAGCAUAGAGUGGUAUAAAGAUGGGGAGCGUGUGGAGACCGACAAGGAUGACCCCCGCUCUCACCGGAUGCUCCUGCCCAGCGGCUCCCUCUUCUUCCUGAGGAUCGUACACGGGCGCAGGAGCAAACCGGAUGAAGGCGUCUACACCUGCGUGGCCAGAAACUACCUGGGAGAGGCCGUUAGUCGGAAUGCUUCGCUCGAAGUUGCCAUUCUGAGAGAUGACUUUCGGCAGGCACCGAGUGACGUGGUGGUGGCUGCUGGUGAGCCCGCCGUGCUGGAGUGCGUGCCUCCGCGAGGUCACCCUGAGCCCUCCGUGUCCUGGAAACGCAACAACGCCCGCGUCAGCACCAAAGACGACCGCAUCUCUAUGCAAGGAGGCCAGCUGAUGAUCUCUCACACCAAAAAGAGUGACGCUGGCAUGUAUGUGUGUGUGGGCACCAACAUGGUUGGUGAGAGAGACAGCGAUCCUGCAGAGCUGGUGGUGUAUGAGCGCCCGGUGCUGGUUCGGAGGCCCGUGAACCAGGUGGUGAUGGAGGAAGAGACGGUGGACUUCACAUGCGAGGUUCAUGGGGAUCCCGCUCCCACUGUGCGAUGGCAGCGGGAGGGAGGAGAGCUUCCCCGUGGGAGGUUUGAAAUCCGCAACGGCAACAACCUGCGCUUGUUCCGAGUGAAAGAGCAGGAUGAAGGGACGUACACCUGCACAUCUGAGAACAGCGUGGGCAAAACGUCGGUGUCUGCCAUGCUGCAGGUCCACGUACCGCCACAGAUUGCUACAAAGCCCCGAGACCAGAUUGCCACCCAGGGGAGGAGCGUCACCUUCCAGUGUGGCACAACAGGAAACCCUCCACCUGCCAUCUUCUGGCAGAAAGAGGGCAGCCAGAUGCUGCUGUUUCCUGGUCAGCCACCAACACAGUCAGGCCGCUACUCCGUUUCCAAGAGCGGAGAGCUGACCAUCACGGAUGUUCACCCCGAGGACUCGGGCUUUUAUGUUUGCCAGGCCAUCAGCGUGGCAGGAAGUGUGCUGACCAAGGCACUGCUGGAGGUGGAGGGAGGUCCUUCCGGUCGCAUUCCUCCAAUCAUUCGGCAAGGCCCGGCCAACCAGACCGUCUCCCUGGGUGCGACGGUGCAGCUGCACUGUCGCGUGGUCAGGGGUACUUCAGUGAAGAUCUCAUGGGAGAAGGACGGAGAGAGACUUCAGGGAAAUAAACUCCGACUAACCUUGAUGGAGAACGGGACGUUGCAAAUCACUGACGUAAAGGACACAGACUCAGGAAUGUACACAUGUGUGGUGUCCAGCGUGACGGGUGAAUCGAGCUGGAGUGGUGCGCUGACUGUGAGAGAAGAAGGGACUCCCUCAGGAUCCAGAGUUUCUGAGUACAUCCAGCUUCCAGGACCUCCGCAGAAGCCCGUGGUGACUGACGUGACCAAAAACACCGUCACUCUCACCUGGCAGUCCAAUCCACAUGAAGGGGGGGCUGCUGUCACAUCCUACAUUAUUGAGGCCUUCAGCCAGUCUGUGGGCAGCACCUGGCAAACGGUGGCAGAUCAAGUGAAGCAGGAGACGCACACGGUCGUGGGGCUUUUUCCAAACACGGUUUACCUCUUCAUAGUGAGAGCGGUCAACUCUUACGGCCUCAGCGACCCCAGUCCCAUCUCUGAGCCUGUGAGGACUCAGGACGGAAGUCCGACAGAACAGGGCGUGGACCACAGACAGGUGCAGAAAGAGCUGGGCGAAGUGUCCAUCUACCUGCAGAGACCUGUGGUUCUGUCCCCCACCAGCGCCAAGAUCUCCUGGACUGUCGCCCGCCCGUCACCCUACGUUCAGGGUUACCGCAUCUUUUAUCGGACUAUUGGCAGCUCCUGGAUGGUCCAAGACGUGGAGGCCACAUCUGACUAUAGCAGCGUGUUGGCGAAUCUACAGAGUAACACAGAGUAUGAGGUCAAGAUGAGACCUUACUUCAAUGAACUUCAGGGUCAUGAUAGCAUCACACUCUUGAUGCGAACCCCCGAAGAGGUUUUGUGCGCUCCUCCUCGUGCGGUGUCAGUGGUGCAGCUCACCAACAGCUGUAGUAUCAGCGUCUCCUGGGAGUCGCCUCCUCACAACAUUCAGAGUGGCACCAUCCGUGAGUACAAGGUCUGGUGUCUGGCCAGCGACGUGGAGUGGGAGAGCCAGAUAAACCGAACCGUGGAUGGAGCGGUUUUGUCCAUCUUGUUGACGGACCUGCUGCCUGACGUCCGUUACACUGUGGUGGUAGCUGCUGUCACCAGCUUGGGUGUGGGCGCCCAGAGCCCGCCUGUCAGCCUGCUUCUCACUCAACCGCCAGAGGUGAAGAAAAGCAGCAGCGUCAGCAUGGCAGAGCAGAUUGUAAAUGUCAUCCGGCAGCCAGCCUUCAUCGCCGGCCUGGGCGUGGCUGCGUGGUUGGUGCUGAUGGGCUUCAGUGGCUGGCUGUACUGUCGGCACCGUAAGAGGAAGCAGCUGGGACACUACACCACUUCUUUUGCUUAUACGCCAGCAGCGGGUUUUGCUCACAGUGAGGGAUCAGGAAUCAUCAAUGGAGGGCCUGGUUUGUUAGGAUCAAACAUGGGGAAUUAUCCGUGGCUGGCAGACUCUUGGCCGACUCCAAACCUCACCCACACCAACAAAGACUCAGUCAACUGCUGCUCUGGAAAACUGGAACCUGACAGAUAUUACAACUCUCUUGGGAUCAUUAGCUAUCCGAACCAGACGGGAAAACGCAGCACGGCGUCCAACGACAGUCCCAUCUACAGCACCAUCAACACAACGGCAGAGGACGACCUGCUGGCGUACUACAACACUUACUCCAGCAUGUCGUACAGCCAGGGGCCAGACCCGUACAGCAGCAACCCGAUUCUGUCAAACUGUGGGCUGGUGUGCUUGGAGAAAGAUCUGGAUCAGUGGACCAUCCAGUCUGGUCAGUCCGGAUCUGAAUACGCCAAGCUCCAGUACACCAAGAAAAACCACGACAAGCUGCUACAGGAGAAGCCUCCAUCGAGGUCGGCUCCACUGACCUGGGUGGAUGUUUUAUCUCUCCCUCUUCCAGCAAACCACAUCAGAGGUCGCACAAAAUCAGACAAAGAGGAGGCGCACAAAGAGGACAGCUCCGAGGAGGAAGAGGACGACUGGUGUCCUCCGCUGCCAGCUAGAACCUACCUGAUGGACACUUCCAAGGAAGAAAUCUCCAGCCUGCCGUCUAAUCCAGAGGGGCUUUCCUGCACAGCCACACAGAAGGAUCCCUCCAAAGCGAAUCAUAGCCCACGCCCGCAGCACUUUGACCUCCUGGCCCGUCACCAUUUGGGUUCCCAGGUGUCCCAGUCCAACCCUGAUCUGUUUACCAACAACAAGACCCGAGAAAUCAGGGACUCACACAACUGUAGCCAGUGGGCAGAUGACUUCAGAGGGGAAAGCCUCAGCAAGGGACAAUUUCCUGCCGCAGAGUCGAGCCCCACAGCCCCCCAGGCCCACAGAUCCAGGAGUAAGAAGAAAGCGUCAAAAGACGGACAAAAGAGACGAGAGCAGCACAACCAGGCGGCUACAAUACACGAACUGGCCCCUCCGCCUCCCCCUCCUUCCACAGAGGACUCCCUGCAGCUCCUGGUGGAUGUUUUGAGCCGCAGCCGAGCGGACAGUGAAAGACACGAGGACAGCAGGUCUCCCACCCUUCCCAAGAGGGGAGAACAUUUCUCACCCCAAAGCGAGGUUUCUACAAAGUGGUUGCCAGAAGCAGAUGAAAAUGUAAUCCCGUACGGAAAACUGAACAUCCUCCCCGAGCUCCAGAUAAUGAGUUAUGGCUCUCUGGGCGGAAGAGUCUCUUCUGGAUCCUCCCCUGCAGACCAAAGGAGAGAAGAGAAGCUCACCUAGACGGCAGAGGAUGGCGUCAUGUGACAUCCACUUUACCCUUCACCGGUUUGUGAAGUCUUUACAAACCAUCAAUCUGUUGCCAUGGCAACCUGCAAACUCCUGAAGACUAAAGGGAAAGUGUCAAGGCUGGCUUUUUCACGAGUUAUUUGGGAUUUUUUUCUUGUUUUUUCUUUUGUGUAUAUAUACAUCCUUAAUGCAUUUUUUUUUACUUUUGAUCAGAUAUAUUACUAAAACUGGUUCUGAGAGGAAUAUGUAUUUUUUGGGAGAAGAAGAAAAAAAAAUAAAUGAGGUUUAACCUUGAUGUACAGCAGAUUAUUGAAUGUAUCCUCUGUUCACUCCUGACCAUGAAGUGAUGGCAGACAACAAUAGCACAAGUUUGACAAAAGACUGGUGAAGACUUAAGGUAGACAUUAUGUUAAUAGUCCUUCAUGUUGGUGUAUGUGUGUGCGUGUGUGAUUCUGUGCACGUGGGCUGUGUUUGUGUGUCUGAAUUUGUGUUUUUUAUUUCUCACUCAUAUGUGUUGUACUUCUGCAGAUCACCUGUGCGUUGAUUUUUAACAGAACAAUAAAGCAUUUGUUAAAAAAA